AACCGUUUUAUCGACGGCGUAACGCUCCGUGAGUCUGUUGUGUCAUGGCGGCUGCAUUAUAAACAAUUGACAAGUGUCUACGUGCUGAACUUAAAUUGAUAUUAAAAAUGAAGCAAGAAAUUUACGAAAACAUAAUGACGAGUAUCAAACAGUUUAAGGGUAUGUCGAAAGAUUGUGAUAAGAUGUUGAGAGAGACGUUCCCACACAUCCCUCCAGAUACUCUGAGCAGUAUUUUGGCUCUUGAAAUAAGACGGCGAAUGAAAUUUAGUCACGCUAAACUGUGUAGUCAAGGCACUGAAUAUUAUCAAAGAUAUACCGAGGCCAUAAGUAACGGAGAGUCGAUCGGAGUCUUAGUUCGAAUGUCAGAAGAGACUGGAUUGUCCCCAGCGCUGCUUGCCAGGAUUAUAUUGGAAAAUCAUUGCGAACAAAGCAAGCUAACCACUUCUAGAUCCGAAAUCACCAAACUCUUGCGAGACACAACGCUCAUCGAAGACAAAGACCUUGCUUAUGAAAUUUACUUGUGCAUCAUCUACGACGAUCAAUACGGUCCCAUUUCAGAUGCAGUCAAGCAUUCCAUAGGACAAGAGUACGAAGUGAAGUUACAGAACUACGUAUCAGAGCGUAACAUUGCCUUCCUCAACGAGGAUCACCUCCGCUUACGAGGUUAUGAUAAAACCCCUGACAUCAAGCUAGAAGUUCCAGUGGCAGUGAACGGUUUUGUGAUAAAUUGGAUAGAAUCUAAGGCUCUCUUUGGAAACGAGGAUGUCCACAAAAAGUACAUAAAAGAACAAUUUCUAAGUUACUGGAAUAGAUUCGGACCUGGGCUGGUAAUCUACUGGUUCGGUUUUUUAGACACUCUCAAUCAGCCAAACGAGAAAAAAUUUAUUAUCAUGGAUCAUUUUCCCGAAAACAUCACCUACAUGGACCCCAAGUCAGUCAAAUCUCUGUCUCUGUAAAUAUCAGCAAUUUUUUAUAUUCAGUUUCUUUCCACUCUCGUUACAAAAAUUUGUUGAAAACGGAAUUCCGGUCCGCGACUAUCCGUUUGAAAUCAUCGUAUUUACUUAUACCAACGAUUGAAAUAUCCAGAUUAACAGCCAUUAAAUAUACAUGCACAACUUUUUCCGUGACAAAGUACAGUUAUACGUGUUUAAUCUAAUUAAAGCUACAUGUACUGUCGCUCAUUACGAAUGCGGCAAAUGUGUACCUUGAAAUCUUGAAAAAAAAAAAUUAUAUUCAUGCGUACGUAAAUAACAACGUAAUGCUGAGUUUAAAUAAAUCUGAUAAACUUUGUUUAAACUUUGGUACAAAAACAGGCAGUCGUUAAAUUGCCAACGCUAGUUAUGAGUAAUUGAACAACCGUGUAAUUGUGCACCAGAAAAAAAAAACCCAACAAAUUAGACAUUGCAUGAUCGAUAAAAGGUGGAUCUAUAGAGGACUCCGCGUUACUUCGCUUCGCGUUGCGGAAAAGCUCCGCCCCGAAUGCAGGAAGUUACGAAGAGUCCACCGUACGUGCGCAAGGGACACAUUUAUUUUACGCAUCAUUAUACGUAUGUGCAUGUGCGCAUGUACGCACAUACGUAAAUGGAUAUCAAGCGUUUCGCGCAGAAUCAAAAGAUCAGUCGGUAAGUAGGUUUCUCGUAGAAUCAAAGGACCAGUCGGUAGGUAGGAUUCUUCGCAUAUAUUGCAACGACGAUGUGUAAAAGCCUCAUGUGAUCGCCUGCAAGCACGGCGCGCGGUAUAAUUCAGGCCGGAAAAGUGACCGAGCUGUAAAAUUCUUCCCGCGCCACGUGUGUGGAGACGACGAAGUGGAUGAUCCACAAACACCAUCGCAAACGCAGUGUCGCUGUCUCAUCUUCCAGUGCGCUAGCUGUUUUAUUUAUACUAUACAUAUAGUAUUCUUAUUCACCGCGAUUCCUCGGCUGGGGACGGAGGCUCUGACGUCUUGUCUGGAACGCGGAGAAACUUUUGAAACACAUUUUUUUCGUUCCCUUCUUAUACGUGAUUAAAAUAUAUCUACACUCUGAUGAAGAUAAGCUGGUAAAUACCUACGACAUGUCCAACGACUCUCUGCAGGAAAGCCCCAGCUCGAUAAGACAUCGGUUCUGCCCGUCUUCGGCUGUAACGCAGAUCCAGAUCGAAAGACUCAAAAGAGAGGACGAAGAGGAGCACUGGAUAUCCGGAGAAGAGCUCUAUACGGAAGGAAGCAGCGACGACGAGGACGAUCAGCGGACGGCAGUCUCGGACACGGAAGUACGAAGGUGUGGAGGAAAUGCCCGAGGAAAUUCCCGAUCUCGAUGGGGUCAAUCUAGUCCUUCGCGUUCAUUGAGGGCUGCAAUUCCGUCGAAAGUGAGGAUCGGCGAGGAAACGGAGAUCGUCGCUUUCGAGUCGACGACUUCCUCCGAGGAUAAAGACUCGUCCUUGCCGGAAACGGAUCGAGUCAUGAACGAGGAUGCGAUUCGGGACGAAGAGGAGGACGAGGAGGAAAUAUCGUGGAGACCAAAGCGAGGUAGCAUCGUCCUGCCAAACGUUGCGGUUGAAAAUACGAUGGGCGCGAAAUAGGGUUCUUCAAAAUUUCAAUCGACUCGAAUAACUCUGUCUCACGAGUUCGACUCGUAGCUCCGAUCUUUUCUACCGUUUUUUCCAAUGCAAGUUGGGACUGUGAAAAACUCUGUACGCGGUGUUUGAUACUAGAAGAUUCGGUUGCCGAGCUGCGGGAAUUGCAGAUCGAAUACCGCGGCAUCCUGGAGACUGUUUCGGAGCUGAAGGAGUCCUUGGAUUCGGCGGCGAAACGCGAGACUGACGGUGAUUCGAAAACGGCUAAGAGCGAAAGUCAGUUUUACUGUGUCGGGAACUGGGACAUUUCCUUGUUUAGCGAUGACGACCUUUCCCGGUGGUCGAACGCCGUGAGAAACGAAUCGGCGAUUGAAAAGGAAAUUUUCAAUAUCGGUCGGCUCGACGGCUGCAUCGAUGAACUUAAUGCAAAAGUCAAGGUAUAUAAUCAAUGCGUACAAUUCGCUAUACGUAGUAUACCUGCGUUUAUGCGUAUAACGCGUGUGUGGACGUACAGUAUGUGUCUUUUUUCUUUUAUUGAUCCCGGGUUUGAUGCUACAGUUAUUAUACAUGUGUGUUUGUAACUCCUGGCAACCGGCGGAACUUAAUGAUUUAACUGUGACAGAUAUCAAACGCUUGUCGCAGGACCUGAUCUCUUGUAAUUUCUAAAGAGAGAAAAAGAAAAAAGGACAAGUUUGUAAUUUAAGUAAUGUAAACAAUAUAGAAAGCUGCCGAGGAAACUUUUCGAGAACAGCUUUUAAAUCGCAAGAAAUUACGAAAGCUUCAAAAUCUCAGAACACCGGAAACUGGAAAACUUGCUGAAAAUUCGAAGGAUUUUUUCAAACUUAUUAAUUCUACGGAUAUGGAACAACAGGAAGGUACGAAUUUAAUAUUUUACGAGUCAAAAAAUUAUGCAGAUAUCUGGUACUGAAGAGAAAGACAAUUGUUUACUGCGUAAUUGCAGUCGAUGAAUUGUUGUACAGUUCAUUCGUUGUAACUGUUUAACGCAUUUUCGAUUCCUUGAAUAAUGAAGAAAGCGAAGAAAUCGACGGUGUCACGGUUCGACCAAUUUAUCAACCGGAAAUGGAGGAUAACUUGGAGGAUCUUGCAUCUUCCGGGGAUGAAGAAGAAUCACGGAAAUCGAAGAGGGAUAAACUCAAGGAAAAAUUGAAAAGCAUCGAGAAACGAAGGGAGGAUUUUAUCGAAAGAAAUAAAGAAGUGAGCUUGCAGGGCCAAAUUUCUCUUAUCUUCUUCUUAUUUUAAUUUCGUAAUAUCGAAAGCCCGAUGAUCUCACUAAACCUGAUGCGACAUUAUCGUCAGUUGGCUUCGAGGGCCAUGGGAAGUCUCGCCUUAACAGACGAGGAAAAAAAACGACUUGAAGAACUUGUCGAAGACUCGGACGAAGAGGAGGAUCAGAGAAGCACUUCUGCCAGUUUUUCCACAACCGCAUCUUUCACGCCUUACACUAUAGACAGGGAGGCGGAUGAGCUUCUGAAAAAUUUGACCGAGAAAAUCGCGGUAUGUUCCGUUUUCACCCAUAAUUAUCAACGAUAAUUAGAUUCGUCAAUUUCACUUGUAUUGUCGUUUUUUUUUUUGGAAGAAUAUUAACUCCGAAUCGUACCAGAAAUCCGAGGAAGAUCAGCGAGCUUACACGCGAGAUGAAAUACUCGUUGUAAAGGAACAAGUCGUCCUCAAUUCGCUCCGAACUUUGGCCGAGUCUGGUACUCAGGUAUAAUCCGUAACUCGAUAAAGCUUUUGCGCUGAGUAAUUACACCGAGGAAAAUUGAUCGUACAACUAUAAUUGCGUGAAAUUCUAAACCGAAUAUUCCUGCUUCUCAACAAUAGAUAAUACAUCCGAUAUCCGAAUGUGAAAUACGACGCUUGAUCGACGAGUUUUACGCCGAGCGAGAAUCCGGCAGUUCUCUCAAUUCCGUUUCCCGGUUUUCUACCGAAUUUUCAAAUUCCGGGACCGACGUGCUUCCGGAAAAUUCCAUUUCUUCGGCAAACGUCAGCGAAUCUCCGACAAUAUCGAGGACGAUGAUUAGCGAAUUGGUCAAGGAAGCCAGAGCGACGAUGCCGCUCUUCCAGUUUAAACAUCCGACCGACGACGUUGAGGAACUAAACAUCAAAGACGAGGAGAACGAGAAUGCGACUUGAAGCUGUCGGGAAUUUGAACGAUUUAUGUUAAUUUAAAUUAAACCAAGUUAUGUGACUGAUUUUACGACGGAACUUUUGUGCGUUUGGUGUUGUAAAUGAUAAUUAUAGAAAUUCGCAACGUUUAUUUAAACGAUUGAUUGUAAAAUUCAUUAUUCGUGAUAAAUUACGUUUAUACAGCUUCGUUGUAGCUCGAAUUGGUUGUUUAUUUAUUAAAUAACUUUUCCGUUA